AUGCCUGCGAAAGCGUCGGGCGAGGGCCUGAAGAGGAAAAGAGUUCCCGCGAAGGAGAAGUCGAAGAAGCGCGCCAAAUCCGAGUCCGAGUCUGAACCCGAGAGCAGUGGCGAUGAGAGUGAUCCUCAAGCUGAGAUCUUGCUCCUUGAGAGUGAGAUCUUGGAGUCGAAGAAGAACUACAACAACAUCACCAAACUGAUCCAGAUCGCAAAAACUUUCGAAGAUGAGCCCGAGUCGGCAACCCUGGCUUCUGUGGCCUUGUGCAGAGCUUUUGUCAGGUUACUCUCAGCUGGCGCUCUCCAGAGGAAGAAGGGUCUGUCGGAGAAGGAAUUGGUGGUUGCGUCGUGGCUCAAGGACCGGUAUUUCGAAUACAAGUCGGUUCUCUCCGAACUUCUUGGCGACGAAAAUCUGGCGAUGACGGCGUUGACGCUGGCCAUGAGAUGUCUCAAGACUGAGGCUCACACUUUGAACGACAAAGAGGAGUACAACUUCCCGGCAAGCUUCUUGCAACAGAUCAUCACGGCACUCUUGAACUCAGACAGCGACGAUGCCCGGGCCGAGUUUGUGGAGAAGUUUAUGAGUGAAUAUGACGAUAUCCGCUUUUUCACAUUGAAGGCUAUCAAGACGAUGGCCGAUGCACCAGGGGAAACGCCAGAAGACGAACUGUUUGACGAUCUUUUCGAGUUGCUGUCAAAUAUUGGCAAUGUUCCAACAGCGCUGGAAAAGUACUGGGUCGAGAAGCCGAAGCAAAAGUCUCAUGUCCUUAACAACCUACACCAGCACAAGAGGCAAGGCCAAGACGCCUGGCUCGCAGUACUCAAGCUCUCAUCAACAAAGGAGCAGCGCAAGCGGGUUUUGGACAUCAUGUCCAACGAGAUCGCCCCGUGGUUCACCCGUCCAGAGUUGUUGGCCGAUUUCCUCACAGACUCUUACGACGCUGGCGGCUCAAUCUCUCUGCUCGCGCUUUCGGGUGUGUUUUACCUCAUCAAGGAGCGCAACCUUGACUACCCCUCCUUCUACACGAAGCUCUACUCUCUGCUGGACCGCGACAUUCUUCACUCGAAGCACCGCUCAAGAUUCUUCCGUCUCAUGGACACGUUUCUGGCGUCGACCCACUUGCCUGCUGUGCUCGUGGCAAGCUUCAUCAAGAGGCUGGCGAGGCUCAGCCUCAACGCGCCUCCGAGCGCCAUCGUUUACAUCGUUCCCUGGAUGUACAACAUCUUCAAGAGGCAUCCGCAGUGCACCUUCAUGCUCCACAGAGAGACGAGAGAACCGGAAAUCAAGGCUCUCAUGGAGACUCAGGGCGUUAACGACCCGUUUGUAGAGGAUGAGGCGGAUCCGACGGAGACAAAUGCCAUCGACAGCUGCUUGUGGGAGAUUGUUCAGCUGCAAACGCACUACCACCCCAACGUAGCGACGAUUGCAAAGAUCCUGUCAGAGCAGUUCACUAAGCAGUCCUACAACAUUGAAGACUUCCUAGACCACUCGUACAGCAGUUUGCUCGAGGCCGAGAUGACCAAGCAGGUCAAGAAGCCACCGGUGAUUGAAUUUCAGAUCCCGAAGAGGGUGUUCCUGCCGAACGAACCGGAAUCCGGUGUCCAAGACACCUUGUUGACGAAGCUGUGGAGUUUUGAGUAA